CACCACUCUGUAUCUCUCCAGCAUCUCCAUCUCUUGCUAGAGUUAAAUCACGGUUUGUGAUUCUACUCGCAUUGUUUCUCACGGGGAUCAAACAAAGCACAGUCAGGGCAAAUAUGACAGCAGGAUAUCGAUUCCCCGUCGACUUGAAGCAGUUCAAGAAGCUCACGCUCGACCCCAAAAACCCGAAACUGUCGCCUCAGCAGAAGCAGGAUCUUCUGCACAAUAUCAAUAUUUUCAGAGACGCCAUCAUUGCAUUCACGGCGACUGGUUCCGCUCGCGGAUUGGCAGGCCACACAGGUGGUCCUUUCGACACGGCCCCCGAGGUCUGUAUCUUGCUUGGGCUCAUAAAUGGGAAUCCGGGGGGGUACGUAGACGCCUUGUUCGAUGAGGCUGGGCACAGAGUUGCUACGCAAUAUCUACUCGCCGCUUUGGAUGGGAAGAUUGAUCCCGAUCACCUCUUGAACUAUCGCAAUGCGGAUUCGAAACUCCCCGGCCACCCCGAGCUUGGGCUGACUCCUGGAGUAAAAUUCAGCUCCGGUCGCCUUGGACACAUGUGGGCGAUGGCCAAUGGAAUUUCCAUGGCGAACAAGGAGAAGAACGUUCUCCUGUUGGGCUCGGAUGGAUCCCAGCAGGAAGGGAAUGAUGCCGAGGCCGCCCGUAUUGCGGUUGCGAACAAUUUGAAGGUCAAGCUGUUCGUCGAUAAUAAUGAUGUUACCAUUGCUGGCCAUCCUUCUCAGUAUCUUAAGGGCUAUGACCUGGAACGCACGCUUGGUGGUCAUGGCCUUAAGGUCAUUCGUGCCGUGGGAGAGGAUCUGGAUUCGUUGUAUCCUGCUAUUUGCGAGGUUAUAAAGCAUAACGGCCCUGCUGCCGUUAUAGCAGACCGGAAGAUGGCUGUUGGCAUUGAAGAAAUCGAGGGCCAGAUCAAAGCCCACGACGUUAUUCCGGUCGAUGUUGCUCGUAAGUACCUCACCAAGCGUGGAUACAGCAAGGAACAGCUGGCCUUCUACGACGAGCUCAAGACUAGCUCGAACUCGCAUCAGUACGUAGGUUCGACUAAAUACAAGGGCUCGAACCGUGUCAUUUUCGGCGAAGCCGUGAAUUCUGUGCUUGACAGUCUUAGCAAGGAGGAAGCUGCCCAUCGGGUCAUGGUCAUUGAUUCUGACCUCGAGGGCUCGACCGGUCUAAAGGAGAUUCACUCCAAGCAUCCAGAGGUAUUUGUUCCCUCCGGCGUGAUGGAGAGAGGCAACUUCUCCGCCGCGGCAGGCUUCGGAUUCGGCAGCAAUGGCGAGCGCCAGGGGGUCUUCUCUACCUUCUCAGCUUUCCUGGAAAUGUGUAUCUCUGAGAUCACAAUGGCCCGGUUAAACCGAUGCACGGUGCUCUCCCACUUCUCCCACAGCGGCGUGGACGAGAUCGCGGACAACACAUGCCACUUCGGGUUGAAUCACUUCUUCGCAGACAACGGCCUGAUGGAUGCCGAAAGCACGUCUCUGUACUUCCCCGCAGACGGAGAGCAGAUGAAGGCCGUUGUUCGAAAGGUCUUCUUCGAUGAAGGCAUGCGCUUUAUCUUCUCCACUCGCUCCAAGACCCCAUAUAUCCUGAAGCAGGACAGCGACCAAAAGCUCUACGGUGAAGGCUACAAGUUCGUCCCUGGCCGGGAAGAAUUCAUACGUCGAGGCACAGCAGGCUACGUCGUCUCAUACGGCGACAUGCUCUACCGCUCACUUGAUGCCGUUGAGCGACUCCGAAAGCAAGGCCUCGAUGUCGGUCUCAUUAACAAGCCGACGCUCAAUGUUGUCGACGAGGACGCCAUCCAGAUUUACGGAUCGAGUCCAUUUGUCCUUGUGGUCGAAUCCAUUGCUCAGAAGACCGGUCUCGGUUCUCGUCUGGGGAGUCACCUUCUUGCGCGCAAGCUUACACCCAAAUUCAAGACCAUGGGCACUGUCAAGGAGGGCUGUGGUGGAUUGUACCAGCAAAUUAACGCACAGGGCCUUGGACCUGAUGACAUUAUUUCUGCUAUCAAGAAUGCUGCUGGAAAAUGAAUCUCCCGGGUUUGCUGAGAGAGUCAUUUAUCCGUUAAAUGUCUGCUUACUGCUUUCCGUGAUUUAUGAUGCAAGCUCUGUAAAAAGAAACACUGUUAUAAUGAAUGUAAUGCAAUUUCAGAUUAUUCUGCAAAAUAAACAUUAGCAGCAGCCG